CUCUGUUAACUUCAACGAACCUUGUGACAAUGUCAAACCUGCUCGGAGCAUACUCGGAGACAAUUCCCAUUGAUGAAAUCCGGAAGAUUUGUGAUCAGGUGAAAUGCCAAGUCCAGGAAAAGACAAAGAAGGUAUAUCAGGAGUUCAGAGCAGUCGCAUACAGGUAUCAGAUUGUGGCAGGAAGAAACUACCUCAUUAAGGUUUGCGUAGGUAACAACUACCUUCAUCUGUGGGUCUAUGAACACCUUCCUUGUGAUGGAGGAGAUAUUGAGCUGCAAGGUGUAGAGGAGUGCCACAGCAAAGAAGAUCCCAUUGAACCUUUCUGAGCUAUUUCAACUGCUCAGUGAAUGCUCUUCUCCUUAUUCCUUAAAGAAUCAAACACCAUAAUAUUCCGGUGAAAUGAUUUUAUGGGCAGCAGUUCAUCUCUAAUGUGAUCAAAGAAUGAUUAAGUG